AAUAGCGUCAUCCACAGUUUCGCGCCACAUCUGCACCACUCGGACGUACAUACAAGAGCAGAUACUGAGAAAACCAUGUCUUCCCCAACAUCAACUCCUGGAGGCCGCAAGCGUGACAGGAACACCAACCCAUCCACACCCAGCAGUGAUGGCCCCACUUCGCCUCCCUCUCAGCGUCGCAGAGGCCAGGACUCGUCCACCGGGGACCUGAUGCCCAUGCCCACCUCCCCUGCCACUGACAUGCUCAGUCCAGCAGCAGCUCAGGACACGUCUCUGUUCUCCAGCCCACGCCCCUCAGUCCUUCCCAAUGAAGUGGACAUGAGCUCCCCUCUUAUGUAUGGGACCCCCAGCUCCAGGGUGGAAGGGACCCCUCGCAGUAGUGUGCGUGGGACACCUGCCAGACAGCGUGCAGAUCUUGGAUCAGUCAGGAAGGCUCCCCAAGUUGAUCUUCAGUCUGAGCCGGCGGGGGCUGACGGUGCAGUGGCCAGUGAGUCAAACGCAGGCCAGAGGCUGGUCAUCUGGGGAACGGAUGUCAACGUGGGAACCUGUAAGGAGAAGUUCCAGAGGUUCCUGCAGAGGUUUAUCGACCCGACCUCCACUGAAGAUGAGAACGCCGGUUUGGACCUGAAUGAGCCGUUGUACAUGCAGAAACUGGAGGAGAUCAGUGUGGUCGGUGAUCCUGUGUUGAACGUGAAUUGCCUGCAUGUUCAGUCGUUUGAUGCAGAACUUUACAGGCAGCUCAUCUGCUACCCUCAGGAAGUCAUCCCCACUUUCGACAUGGCGGUUAAUGAGCUUUUCUUUGAGCGUUUUCCGGACUCUAUUCUUGAGUACCAGAUCCAAGUACGCCCCUACAACGCCUUGAAAACCAGAAACAUGAGGAGCCUCAACCCAGAAGACAUCGAUCAGCUGAUCACCAUUAGCGGCAUGGUGAUCCGCACCUCGCAGCUCAUCCCUGAGAUGCAGGAGGCUUUCUUCCAGUGCCAUGUGUGCGCCUACAGCACUCGGGUGGAGGUGGAUCGCGGGCGUAUCGCUGAGCCGGCUGUGUGUCGCCACUGCAACACCACCCACAGUCUGGCCCUCGUUCACAAUCGCUCAGCCUUUUCAGACAAACAGAUGGUCAAGAUUCAAGAGUCUCCUGAAGACAUGCCUGCCGGUCAGACUCCACACACCACUGUCGUCUACGCCCAUAAUGACCUAGUUGAUAAAGUGCAGCCAGGAGACCGUGUCAACAUCACCGGUAUCUAUAGAGCUGUCCCCAUGCGUGUGAACCCACGUCAGAGCAACGUGAAGUCCGUGUACAAGACUCACAUAGACGCCAUCCACUUCCGCAAGACGGACGAGAAGCGCCUGCAUGGUUUGGACGAGGACGCCGAGCAGAAGCUUUUCACAGAGGACCGAGUCCAGACCCUGAAGGAGCUGGCAGCCAAACCAGACGUCUAUGAGCGCCUCUCCUCUGCACUGGCACCGAGUAUCUACGAGCACGAGGACAUCAAAAAGGGGAUCUUGCUGCAGCUCUUUGGUGGCACCCGGAAGGACUUCAGUCAGACCGGCAGGGGACACUUCCGCGCCGAGGUCAACAUCCUGCUCUGCGGCGACCCCGGCACCAGUAAGUCUCAGCUGCUGCAGUACGUGUACAACCUGGUUCCCCGUGGCCAGUACACGUCAGGAAAGGGCUCCAGCGCUGUGGGUCUCACCGCCUACGUGAUGAAGGAUCCAGAGACCAGGCAGCUGGUACUGCAGACCGGAGCUCUGGUGCUGAGCGACAAUGGCAUCUGCUGCAUUGACGAGUUUGACAAGAUGAGUGACAACACGCGCUCGGUGCUGCACGAGGUCAUGGAGCAGCAGACUCUCUCCAUUGCCAAGGCUGGAAUCAUUUGCCAGCUGAAUGCCCGCACUGCUGUUUUAGCUGCUGCCAACCCUGUUGAAUCUCAGUGGAACCCCAAGAAGACCACCAUUGAGAACAUUCAGCUGCCUCACACGUUGCUGUCCAGAUUCGAUCUCAUCUUCCUGAUGCUGGAUCCUCAAGAUGAAGCUUACGACCGCCGGCUGGCCCACCACUUGGUGUCGCUGUACUACCAGAGCGAGGAGCAGAUGGAAGAAGAGUUCCUCGACAUGGCUGUGUUGAGGGACUACAUUGCAUAUGCACGAACAUACAUUAAUCCACGGCUGAGCGAGGAAGCCAGCCAAGCCCUCAUUGAGGCCUACGUGGACAUGAGGAAGAUAGGCAGCGGCCGAGGCAUGGUGUCCGCCUACCCCAGACAGCUGGAGUCCCUGAUCCGCCUGGCUGAGGCCCACGCCAAGGUGCGUUUCUCUGAGAAGGUGGAGACGAUCGACGUGGAAGAGGCUAAACGGCUGCACCGGGAGGCCCUGAAACAGUCGGCCACUGAUCCCAGGACGGGAUUUGUCGAUAUCUCGAUUCUUACAACAGGUAUGAGCGCCACAGCCCGCAAACGUAAGGAAGAGGUCGCCCAAGCACUGAAGAAACUCAUCCAGUCCAAGGGAAAAACACCUGCCAUGAAAUACCAGCAGCUGCUCGAGGACCUCCGAGGACAGUCUGAAACUGCAAUCACAAGGGAGCUGUUCGACGAGGCACUUCGCGCUCUGGCUGACGAGGAUUAUUUGACAGUCACUGGAAAGACUGUUCGUCUACUCGCCUAAGGCACACCCUACAAUUAUGUACAGUUCUUAAUUUGCAAUCCUAUCCAGUGUCAACCUAUUUCUCAUAACUGGGAAUGAUUCAGAAUGACCAGAUGACUCAUUGAGACUUUUGACAUCUUUCACUAGCAAUUGAUGGAGAAAAUAUUUAAAUGCCAUUGUGUUUCAUUGUUGAAUUUGUCAUUAAUUCUAUGUAAAGUGCUUGUUUAGCUGUUUGUAUUCUGUGGUUUAAAGCCUUUGAGCAUCCAACAUAAUGUCUGCCUUUAUUUUGUGUUUGGGGAUGUGAUUCAUAUCAGAUUUAUACACUGUAGUCACUGGGUUUGUAUAUACCAUAUGUUCUAAGACAUAGUACACUUAAGACAUGACAUUUUCUUUUUUUUUUUUUCUAAAUACUGUUACUACUCCAAAGUACUUAUUACCACAGAUGACUCUUGUUUUCAUUUGUCCUUGCCUUGUAGCUUGCAUUGACUGCUUGUUCAUAGCAAGAAAAUAAAAAAUACCUUUUGAAGAUG